AUGAAAAAGCCUCCGAAUGGUAUAUGGAGGCAAAUAAAAUUGGCGAUGUUGAUGGACAGUGCUGUUGGAAAGAAAAAACAUGAGUCUCUCCCUGGUUACAACAUUUUGGUGCCGAUCGUGUGGGUGAAUGUUCUUUCCAACACCUUCAUCGCGAUGAAAAACUCUUGUUCAGGCCCAGAUAUUUGUAUCUUUGUGAGAUUUUGGAAAAAUGUGAUUCCUUCUGAAACUUUCAAAGGAAGACCAUCUUACUGUUGA